UCCUCCAGCAGCUCCUACAUUCCCAGCAACACCCACAGCCUUACAGCAGCCAAGAUGACGGAUAAUAUUCCCCUUCAACCUGUCAGGCAGAAAAAGAGAAUGGACGGCAAGCACAAGAGAGGGUGCUGUGAUUGUUUGGGCUGUUGUGGCCGUCGGGAACUAAGGCCACGGACUGUCUGGCUUGGACACCCCGAAAAAAGAGAGCAGAGGUAUCCGCGAAAUGUCAUCAACAAUCAGAAAUACAACUUCUUCACAUUUCUCCCGGGGAUCCUUUUUAACCAGUUCAAAUACUUCUUCAACCUGUAUUUCCUGCUGCUGGCCUGCUCACAGUUUGUGCCCGAGAUGCGGCUGGGGCCCCUGUAUACGUUCUGGGUCCCUCUGGGAUUCGUCCUGGCUGUCACCAUCAUUCGUGAGGCUGUAGAAGAAAUCCGAUGUUUCAUGCGGGAUAAAGAAGUUAACUCCCAAAUCUACAGCAAGCUGACAACCAGAGGCACUGUCAAAGUCCGCAGCUCAAGCAUACAAGUUGGCGAUCUCGUUAUUGUUGAAAAGAAUCAGAGAAUUCCGGCCGACAUGAUAUUUCUAAGGACAUCAGAGAAAAACGGGUCCUGCUUUCUGCGCACUGAUCAGCUGGACGGUGAGACAGACUGGAAGUUGCGGCUGCCGGUGUCCUGCACACAGAGACUGCCCACAGCGGCGGACCUGCUCCAGAUUAGAGCCUAUGUAUAUGCAGAAGAACCGAAUAUUGACAUCCAUAAUUUUGCAGGAACCUUUACUCGAGAGGACAGUGACCCCCCAAUAAAUGAAAGCUUAAGUAUCGAGAACACGCUGUGGGCCAGCACGGUUAUUGCUUCUGGUACGGUGGUCGGAGUGGUUCUUUAUACUGGCCGGGAGCAGCGCAGUGUGAUGAAUACCUCUAAUCCACGGAGUAAGAUCGGCCUCUUAGACCUGGAAGUGAACUGUCUGACGAAGAUCUUAUUCAGCGCCCUAGUGGUCGUCUCUCUGGUCAUGGUGGCUCUUCAGCAUUUUGCCGGUCGCUGGUAUCUACAGAUCCUCCGCUUCCUGGUCCUCUUCUCCAACAUCAUUCCUAUCAGCUUGCGGGUCAAUCUGGACAUGGGGAAAAUUGUAUACAGCUGGAUGAUCCGCAGGGACCCCAAGAUCCCAGGAACUGUGGUCCGAUCGAGUACAAUCCCGGAGCAGCUUGGACGAAUCUCCUACUUAUUGACUGACAAAACAGGGACCCUGACCCAGAACGAGAUGGUCUUCAAACGUCUUCACCUAGGGACAGUGGCUUAUGGAAUGGACUCCAUGGAUGAAGUGCAGAGUCACAUAUUCAGUGUGUACACACAGCCAUCCCAGGAUCCUCCAGCGCAGAAAGGCACCACGACCAAAGUGAGGAAGACGAUGAGUAGCCGCGUUUAUGAAGCUGUAAAGGCAAUCGCCCUGUGCCACAACGUUACCCCCUCCUACGAGUCUAAUGGUGUGACAGACCAGGCCGAGGCAGAGAGACAGUUUGAAGAUUCUUGCCGAGUGUACCAGGCCUCCAGCCCUGAUGAGGUGGCCCUGGUGCAAUGGACUGAGAGUGUGGGGCUGACACUGGUUGGGAGGGACCAGUCUUCAAUGCAGCUGAGGACACCUGGUGGCCAAAUCAUGAACUUCACCAUUCUGCAAAUCUUCCCGUUUACCUAUGAAAGCAAAAGGAUGGGAAUCAUUGUAAGGGAAGACUCCACCGGAGAGAUAACGUUCUACAUGAAGGGAGCAGAUGUGGUGAUGGCUGGGAUUGUACAGUAUAAUGACUGGUUGGAGGAGGAGUGUGGCAAUAUGGCAAGAGAGGGACUCAGGGUUCUGGUAGUGGCAAAGAAGUCUCUGGCAGAGGAACAGUACCAGGAUUUUGAGGCGCGAUACGUACAGGCAAAGCUCAGUGUCCACGACCGCUCAUUAAAAGUGGCCACUGUGAUUGAGAGCCUGGAAAUGGAGAUGGAGCUGCUCUGUUUGACCGGGGUUGAAGAUCAACUGCAAGUCGAUGUCCGACCCACCCUGGAGACUUUGAGAAAUGCUGGUAUGAAGGUCUGGAUGCUUACUGGAGACAAACUGGAGACUGCAACCUGCACCGCCAAAAACGCUCAUUUAGUGACCAGAAACCAGGACAUCCACAUCUUCCGGCCUGUAACUAAUCGCGGGGAAGCCCAUCUAGAGCUGAAUGCGUUUAGAAGAAAACACGACUGCGCUCUGGUUAUAUCAGGAGACUCUUUAGAGGUUUGUCUGAAAUAUUACGAGUAUGAAUUCAUGGAACUGGCCUGUCAGUGCCCGGCUGUCGUCUGCUGCCGCUGUGCCCCCACUCAGAAAGCUCAGAUCGUGCGCCUCCUGCAAGAACGGACAGGAAAACUCACCUGCGCUGUAGGCGAUGGUGGCAAUGAUGUUAGCAUGAUCCAAGAAGCAGAUUGUGGUGUUGGAGUUGAAGGAAAGGAAGGGAAACAAGCUUCACUAGCGGCAGAUUUCUCCGUCACACAGUUUAAACACCUCGGCCGCCUCCUGAUGGUUCAUGGACGGAACAGCUACAAAAGGUCUGCAGGCCUGAGCCAAUUUGUCAUCCACCGGAGUCUGUGUAUCAGUACCAUGCAGGCUGUCUUCUCCUCCGUGUUUUACUUUGCCUCUGUUCCUCUCUACCAAGGAUUCCUCAUCAUUGGAUAUUCCACAAUCUACACAAUGUUCCCGGUUUUCUCUCUGGUGCUUGAUAAAGAUGUCAAAUCUGAAGUGGCAAUGUUGUAUCCAGAGCUGUACAAGGAUCUACUAAAGGGCCGGCCGUUGUCAUACAAAACAUUUCUUAUUUGGGUUUUGAUCAGCAUUUAUCAAGGGAGCAUCAUUAUGUACGGAGCACUGCUGCUGUUUGAGUCGGAGUUUGUCCAUAUUGUGGCCAUUUCCUUCACUUCCCUGAUCCUCACAGAAUUGCUGAUGGUGGCACUGACCAUUCAGACGUGGCACUGGCUGAUGAUUGUGGGCGAGCUUCUCAGUCUCUCCUGUUAUAUCGCCUCCCUCGUUUUCCUCCAUGAGUUCAUAGACAUUUACUUCAUUACCACGGUGUCCUUCUUGUGGAAAGUGACUGUAAUUACGCUGGUCAGCUGUCUCCCCCUCUACGUCCUCAAAUAUCUGAGGAGGAAAUUCUCUCCCCCAAGUUACUCCAAACUGACAUCUUAGAAUCCAAGUGAAUGUGGUGACCACCAAUGCUGCUUUUAUGGACUAGGGCCGAAGAAGUUUACUGAAAAUGAUCAGUGGUUUCUGAUCAUUCCUCCGUGGGAACAAACAAUACAGGGUUUAUCUCAUAUCUCAAGAGCUAAGAGUUAUAUCGUGCCCAACCAAAUGUUAUAGGGCAUUAUGCCUGCAAAAAAAGAACACGAUAAACUGGCCAGAAGAUCCCAAAAUCCACCUUUCAUCAUUUGCAUGGAAGAAGGAAAAGUCUCCUACCAUACUUCUCAACUUCUAACGUAAACUACAAAUCCUAUGGCACGCACAGGUGGCAGCCAUUCCUGGACAGCGCCCAAAAUCCAGGACUGUCCCGCUGGAUCCAGGAUGGUUGGAAGGCAUGUUCUACUGAACUGGGACAUCUGUGAUGCACCUCCAUAGGCUUUCUUCCCAGGCAGGACUGUGGAAGCUAUCGCUCACUUUUACCUCCAUUAAGAUGUUUUGUUUUUAGUUUUUUAGUUGUUUUUUUUUGUACUGUCCCUGUAACAGUGACAACUGUUUAGUUCUCACGGAAAAAAUGAUAUUUGUGUAUGUGAUGUUACAUGAGUGACACAAAGACAUGUAAGUCCAUAGGAGAUCAGGAGUCUUGACUGUAAUUUGGCACUUUCAUGAGCUGGCAUGGCUACCGCCUGGUGAAGUGGUUGUAUAUGUCAGCAUGUACGUUCUUCUGUACAGUUCAUGAUUAUGUCCUGUGUAUCUCUGAUUGAUAAACUACUGCUAUUGUAACGUAAGAGCCACUUACUGACUCACUAAAUACAUGACAGCAUCUACAUAUAGAUGGCCUCCUCCCUCGUUUUCUCUUGAUAAGUGCCAAAAUGAAUGCAUACUUUGCCAAUAUCUUAGAUAACGUCAGUACUGAACCCCGCACUGGAGCUGCUUCAUUUCUGCAUGAUACCUGCUCUCUCUCCACACGAUGUACAUCACCUUGUAUACACUGCCACCGCACAUGUUCUCGUAAUCCCAGUACCUUGCUUAACUCUUAGUCCUCCUGUGCACUUGUGAGACUAAUGUCGUUAAAUUAGAUCAGACCUGGUGGAAAGGGCAAAUACUGUCCCUGCAACUGGUCAAAUAAUGCGUCUGAUUGGCUUCUUUU